UCCCAAACCCCAGAAGAGAGAGAAAUAGAGAAGAGAGAGAAAGAGAGAGAAUCCGGGGUGAAGGGGGGUUGUUUACCUUAGUAUCCUGAGUUCAAAAAAUUUAAUAGAUCCAAACCCUAACCCUAAGAUAAAAGGGUCUCCGCAGGAGUAGUAGUUGAAGAAGAGGCAACCAUCGCCUCCAUCUGUGUCGAAAUUAAAUUCUUUUCUUUCAAUUCCAAAUUUCCAACCCCUGUCUCCCUAUACUUCUUCUUCUUCUUCUUUAUUUAUAGGCUUCCUUCUCUGGGUAGAAGACUCUAAAAUAAAAAAUCUCUCUUUGUAUUCUCUUUCUUUCUCUGAUUUCAAUUCGCUUUUCAGAUCCUAGAAUUCCAAAUUCUUUCUUCUCUCAACUCUGGCCGUUGUGAAUGGUGGAAACUGACGUCUGUGAUUUCAUGCUUUACUCACACCCUGCGAGGGCAACCGCGCGAUUCCCAGCCGCGCAGUUUUCCUCUCAAUCUUUCUUUGCAGUAGCCCACCAUUGCCUUCCUUUCUCUGCUGCAUCUGUCUUCUCCUUCGGUUCCUGCAAGCAAGGCUGGUACUACCGCUGCCUCGGCGUUGAUCCCUGAAGAAAUUAACCCGUUUUCCUUCCUACCCAUCUCACCUUUCUUCGAUCUAUCAUCGCCUUAAUCUCUAUUCUUAUCGGGUUUCGUUUCUUUUGUUUUGAUUCGAUUCAAUUCGAUUCUCAUAACCCUUCAUCUUGUUCAGUUAUUUUGGUAGCGCAUUCGAUCAGAUACAUCAAAUAGAAGAAAAAAAAAUAUGUUGCUUCAGAAGCCCAAGAAGAACAACCAGAGCGUCAAGGGCAAACGCCUCUUGAUCACCAUCAAUGUCCUGGGAAGCGCAGGACCUCUUCGAUUCGUUGUCAAUGAGGAAGAACUCGUGGCCGCGGUCAUUGACACCGCCCUUAAAUCUUAUGCUCGCGAGGGUCGUCUCCCUGUUCUGGGUUCUGAUCUGAAUAAUUUCCUCCUUUACUGCGCCAAUGCCGGAGCCGAUGCUUUGAGUCCGUGGGAGACCAUUGGAUCUGGCGGAGGAAGGAAUUUCGUGCUGUACAAGAAACCGCAGCAUCAGCCAACCGAGUCAGUUGGAGGUGAGAAACCAACACCGACGCAGAUGAUUGCUAGGAAGGGAAAUGGUGGCUGGAAAUCAUGGAUUAACAAAUCCCUGAGUCUCAAGAUCUAUUCUCAUUGAUUCCAAAUUCAUGGAAUCUUCGAUGAAGGAAGAAGGAAGAGGGAAGAUACCCUCAAAAGACUUCACUUUGAUCAUUUAAAAUUGAUGUUCCUCUUCAAAACAAAUAUAAUGGAGAUUAUGGAACACCUUUAUUUCCUGUCAUAAUUUGCUUUAUUUUUUUAGAUUUUGGGUUUCGUGUUUCGAGAAUGAUGAAUGUUCUCCAUUGAAUAAAAAGUUGUGCUCCUUCCCGAGCUUUGAACUCGGAUGAUCUUCGAUAAUAA